AUGCCGGGGAGCGGAUCGCCCGGCCGGCCGGCUUUCCCUCAUUGUCUUCCCGCCCGGUCCCUUCCAGCCGAUGCUUUCACAGAAACAGCCACAUCCAGAGCGGGAGCGCUCCCUCCGGCAGCAGCCCUCCUCCGCGAGCGAAGCAUCCGAGGCGGCUGCGGGGAGGUGCACGCGCGCCGUAACCUCCGCUACGACGGCAACUUGUUUCCCUCAGUCAGGUUUGGAAGUGAGUUACAAGAAAUCCUCCCAAAAUCUCGGCGGUCGGGCUCUGGGAGGAGCCUCCGCGCCCUCUCAGCCAAUAUCCUCCCGCCCGGCCGCGCCUGGCGGCCCCGCGGCCCCCCGUCGUCUCCCGUCGGCGCGGGGCUCUGCCCGCUCCCGGGGCCGCGCCGGCUGCGGGGAGGGCCCCGCUGUUUUGCGGUGCUCCUGAUUGACACCGCCGAUUUUCCCCUUUUUCUUGAAGCUGGCAGGCGGGGCUGGGGGGAACCUUGUUGCUUCCACCGCAGUUAUUGGUUAGUUGCCUCCGUUCAGGGCUUUAAUGGACAUGACUUCACAAGGGUCCUAAUCGGGAGAGGAAAGCGAGCUGCGUCUCCGAUCGUCACAAGCGUCUCUUCUCCGCGUGUAAUUCUGUGGCUUAGGCGCACCUGGUUACGGCUCCUUUCUGAUGUUUAGCCCUGCAGAUAGCACGCUCAUUCCUGACAAAUCCUCCUUAAAUCAAAUUGGCGACGUUCUCAGAAAAGGCUGCAGUAAGGAGCUGGGUGCUAGCUCCCCCGAUACAGUCAAACUGCAAAGGCGAGGAGGAUGCAGCUAGGAGGGCAACACGGACAGGGGUUGCAUCAACCUUCCCGCUCUCCCCUCGUUACCUCAUUGUACCCCCACUGUGUCGGGGCUGUGUGGGCCACGGGGACCCAGAGCAGUCUUGGACCACUGAGACAUUCCUGCAGGCAGCGCGAUGCUGUGCUGUGCUUUAACUUCACCAGGCUGUUGCUCCGAUAGCAGAGCAGCCAUUCCUGACAAGAAAGCUUUCAUUUCGGCCGACACCAGGUAGCCGGGCUGCAUCAGCUGCGCCCUGUGCACCCACCUACGUGCCCAAACACCUGGCACACAAAGGCUCCCGCCGCGCACCGCUCUGCCCCGUGCUCCGUUCCGUAGGCAGACGUGACCGGGAUGCCAACGCGCUGCUCGACGCGCCGAGCGGUGUGUGAUGCCCCGUGGGCGCCUAACUUCUGCUUUUCCACGC